AUGUGCGCCGCCGCCCGUGGCCUGCUCGCCGCUAUGGCCGUGGCCCGCAGCCGUUCUCUGCCCCGCCGUGGCCUACUUGCCCCGCCGUGGCCUGCUUGCUCCGCCGUGGCCUGCUCCUCCCCUACUCGCCCCGCCGUGGCCGCGCCCGCGCUCGCCCCGCCGUGGCCGUGCCCGCGCUCCUCCCCCGCUCGCCCCGCCGUGACGCCGCCCGUGCUCCUCCCUUGCCCGCUGCCGCCCGUGGCCGUGGCCGCGCUCCUCUUUGCUCAAGCCGCCAUCAUGGCCGUGGCCGCGCCCGUGCCCCGCCGCCCGUGGCUGGCUGGCGCGCGCACGCGGGGAGGCUACCGGCAGCUACACGCGAGGAGGCUAGCGCGUGCUCUAUUAUGA